GUCGCCGGCGCCGUCAGAAGGCUCCGCGUCCGCGGCGUCCGCCGAGACGGCAUCGUCGCACGAAGGUGACUCCGAGUUGCCGCCUCAGCACGUAUUAUUCGCCGACGGGUCUCCUACUACUUCGAUUAGGAGCCGCGCGUCGCCGUCGACGGUUCUUCAUAAGACGAAUACUAUUGCUACUACUGCGUCGACUGCUACCAGCAACCCGAAUUAUGACGAGAGUACGUUAGUCAACCUGGGCUCCUCGGGAAGCAUCUCCUCAGGAGGCUCCUGGUCCACCCUGGAUCCGUCGUCCAUUGUCGAUCCGUCGGCCGCCAUGGAUCCGUCAACGGGCGACCCGCUUCUCCGGAGCAAGACCAUGGGCGGCGUGCGGCCGUCCACCGAACUUGCUGCAUUUGCGACAGCUUUCCGUCAGCACUGCUGCUGCGCGCACACACGCUCUCUCUCUCACUCCGUCUCCCUCUCUCGCCCUCUUUCCAUCCGAGUAAAAACCAUUCUUCCCCGCUGGUAGUUCUGCAAGCGCAGCUCGUACCAGCAGCAACGAGAUACAUUUCUUCUCUCUCAAAGAAGAACCCGCGCGGUGCCGCGCAGCCAUCGUCAUGGCCUCCUCGCACGUGCUCGUGUGUCUCCCGGACGGCUCCAUCCGCCUCUUCGACGAGCCGCUGCUCAUCGCGCGCGACGUGCUUCGCGAGUACCCGCACCACGACCUCUUCCUCUCGCCCGCGCCGACCGCCACCACCGCCACCGGCGGCGACAACCGCAACCACGACCGCGAUCGCAAUCGCAAGCGCAAUCGCCAUCGCAACCACGAAAACACGCACGACGACGAUGGCGACGCCGACGACGCCCGUAGCACCGCUUCCGCCUCCGCUACUAGUACUACUCCCCGGAACAUAGUUCUAUCCUCCGCAACCACUGGCGGCAGCGACGGCGGCGCUGAUGCAGGCGCAGGGAGCGGCGCGUGCUUCGACCCCAUCAACCCGCACCGCUGCUUGACCUCGGGCGCCAUGUACUAUCUCAUGCCGCGACGCGACUACGCCUGGAAGCUCCAGCUGCAAGAGGCGGAAGCCGCCGCCGCCGCCGCUGCCGCCGCGAAGACGAUGAGGAUGGGGAAGAAGGGAUUCGGCGGAAGCCGGAGUCUCAACUUGAACGGCCACGCUGGCGGUCACGGACCUGACUGCCAGUGGCGUGGCAACGGCUCGCGCGAAAAGUCGCCGGCGCCGUCAGAAGGCUCCGCGUCCGCGGCGUCCGCCGAGACGGCAUCGUCGCACGAAGGUGACUCCGAGUUGCCGCCUCAGCACGUAUUAUCCGCCGACGGGUCUCCUACUACUUCGAUUAGGAGCCGCGCGUCGCCGUCGACGGUUCUUCAUAAGACGAAUACUAUUGCUACUACUGCGUCGACUGCUACCAGCAACCCGAAUUAUGACGAGAGUACGUUAGUCAACCUGGGCUCCUCGGGAAGCAUCUCCUCAGGAGGCUCCUGGUCCACCCUGGAUCCGUCGUCCAUUGUCGAUCCGUCGGCCGCCAUGGAUCCGUCAACGGGCGACCCGCUUCUCCGGAGCAAGUCCAUGGGCGGCGUGCGGCCGUCCACGUCCGCGUCGCCCCCGCCGAGCCGCCUCGUGCAUCACUACGCGUCCUCGUUCCACGGCGGGUCGUCCCCGCCACCCGCCAUGCAGGAACCGUCGGCCGCUUUUCGCAGUAGGAGCAACCCGACUAGUGCCACUAGUUACUCUAGCAGCAGUAGCUCAAUCGACCUUCUGGAAAGAGGCGGGGGGCGCCAAGGAGACUGGCCGUACUAUGACGCGCAUCCAGCGGCGGCGGCGGCGUUUCUGCCGCGGCAGCUUCAGCUGGUGGACGAGGAAGCGGCGAUGGGAGCUCCGGGAGCGGCACAGUUGGCCGUUGAGGACGAGUCGCAGCUGAUGCUGAUGCUGCUGGCGCAGCAGCAGUCCAUGCUCCAUCAGCAGCAGCAGCACCUGCACGAGGCGCGCUGGCUGCCGGAGGACCGGCAUCACUUAUUCCGGCACGAGCUUUACUACGCGCAGCAGCUGCAGCAGCAGCACCAGCAGCACCAGCAGCACCAGCAGCACCAGCAGCACCAGCAGCACCAGCAGCACCAGCAGCACCAGCAGCACCAGCAGCAUGAGCAGCAUGAGCAGCGGGCAGAAGUGGGAGUGUCGGCGAAGGCAACAAGCCCCCCGCUGGAAAGUGAGGAGCUGGCUCGGCAGUUGAAGCUGCUGCACGUGGUGGACCCCCUCGCGCACCUCGAAGGACUCGCCAUGUCCGCCUUCGGCCCUGCCGCGCCUGCCCCUCCUGCUGCUGCUGCGGCGGCCGGUGGUGGUGGUGCGGCAGGUGCUGCUGUGAAGCAUGGGUCAUGGCAGUCGCCUCGAUCUGGAACACGCAGCCAGCAUCAUCAGUCUGGAGAGCUCAACUUCCAACGAGUAUCGACCUACGCCUCACAUGAUGCCUCGUCAAAGAACCAGCACCAGCAGCACCACCAGCAGCAACAGCAUCAGCAGCUGCACCAGCAGCACCACAACAUAUACUACCUUCGGAACCUGCUUUCCGGGCAGAACGCCAUGGGUCCGGCACGGCCUUCUUCGUCCGCAGACAAGCACCACAGCCAGCACCACCAGCAGCACCAUCCCCAGCAGCCGGCUCCACACACCCCAACACACAGUGCGCUCGGGAAGAAGCUGCUGCGGCUGAUGACCCUGCCAGGUGUGCGCAAUUCAGGCUCGACCCAGUCGACCCAGAGCCCACAGCGCCGCUUCGGCGGACUCAACUCGCUCGCAGUUGUGGAGGCCGCGGCUGCUGCCGCCGCUGCAGCAGCCAAGGCUGGAGGCGGGUUGUCAGCGGCAUCGCAUCUGCAUCCGCAUGGGCAUUCACAUCCACGGCUCAUGGAGGUGGGCCCAUCCAAGUCAACCUCGUCGGAUGAUGGCAUGACUUACAUCAUCUGACUGAGGUCUUGUGCAUGUGGCUGGGUUUGGUUCGGUUUGGUUGGGCUCCUCUCUUUGGUUCUUAGGUGGAGAAUCUGCUUCAGCAGCAUGCCUUGGGUGCCUAGGCAUCCGGGAGAGCUUUCAGGCUCCAGCCUAGCCUCCUUUUUUGCUACUGUUGAGCGCCAUGCACUCCUUAUGUUCACCCCUCUGUACUCUUGCCCUAUUUAUUUCUUGUAUACUGGCAUAUACU